UGUGAUUAACUUGUAUGUUGUUGAAAACAUCCGAUAUUUAGUCGAUAAAAAGUGGUCCUCGGUGUCUCAGCAUAAGCAAAGCGGAAAAUAUAGAAUGAACUUUGGCCCAUGUAAUACGGGAGCCACUCCGCCCUGGCGAUGACGUCAUCACAACCUACGGUGGAGGUCGCUCUGUGGAUGAAUAUCAGGAGAGGUCCAAUGAACUCACUUGUCAAUGCAGUCACUCACAGUUGAUGAAAAACAGACAUCAUCACCAUCAUUACAAAGAAGAAUCAAACUUUAUAGUUGGCAGGACCCACGACAGCUUUCCAGAAAACUCAGAAGAACAAAGAAGGUAAGUAGACGACAAUGCCACUGCACGGUAAGAUAGUGGUGAUUAAUAGGAGCGGAAGUGAUGGGUCGGAGUUGCCAUUGAAAGCCCCCUGUCUGUUCGGAAGGAACCCUGACAGUGAUAUCCGCAUUCGGAUUCCCCAAGUCUCCAAAGAGCAUUGCAGAAUUGAUUUGAAUGAAAACAAAGAACUUAUCUUGACCAAUCUGAGCUCUGUCAAUCCAACGCUUGUCAAUGGGGAGCCUUUGCUGCAGGCAGAGCGUUUGAAACAUGGAGAUGUAAUAACCAUCAUUGAUCGUUGUUUCAGGUUUGAGUAUCCUCCGCCACGUACACCGUCGAAGAGAUCUUCACUUGGAAAAAAAUCUGAAACUCUCAAGGUUUUGCAGGCUCAGCAGUUGGGGGACAGCAUCAAUGUUGGGCCAGAAAGAAAGAACUCUGAUGAUGAUCAUCCCAAAGAUGGACAUGACCAUGACACUUCACAUUGCCUGGAUGAAACUGUGGCAGAGUCAAAUCGGGACAAAAACUCCCCCUUCAGUGACCUCUAUCAGAUGAUCAAAAAGUCUCUCGAUAUAAAAACCCCACUGAAGUUAUCAGACAGUCGCUGUCAGACACCGUCUUCGAAGUUCUGUACGCCAAAGCCAGUUGGCGAUGUUAAAUCUGCUGCCAAAACCACCCCGAAGAAGGCUGGUGGUGAAGAAGGAGCUCUCAUUGCUGCCACAGGUGGGACGCCACAGUCGGCCAAGAAGCAGAGACGGUCGUCACAGAAUAUAACUCCGACCAAAGCUGAUGCCAAGGUCGCCUCGUGGCAGCAGAAAAGAUCCUCCACUCCUCAAAAAUUCACAGUGAGUGAAGUUAUUGAACAGGUGGUUGAGACACCCAAGUCGCCCAAAGUGAAGAGCAGAGAGGCAACACCAGCAAAGUCUACGACCAAGGAUGUUGAGAAGCUGGCAUUGCCCACUCCACAGAGUGAUAAAGUGCGAAGGUCUCCCAGAGACCCCGACACUGGUAAAGUUAUGUCACAGAAGCGCAAAAGUGGAGAGUUGUUGAAUCAGUUGCCAGCGCCACAAAUGAAAAGGAAACGCGUUUCUUUCGGUGGCCACUUGAGUCCUGAGUUGUUUGACAAAAAAAUGCCCCCAGAUUCUCCGCUACGUAAAGGGGCAACUCCACGGCGAAGCCUUUGCAUCUCAAAGCCCAAACACUCGUUGUUGAGACGAGCCUCUGUUAUUGGCUUGUUGAAGGAGACUGACCAAGAACAUUCAGAUGCAAGAAGUCCUGCAAAGGUUAAGACUCUGAAAUCUCCUGCAAAGAUGACUCCAAAGCCCAAAACACCAUCUCCACAGAAGUCACCAAAAUCCAGAUCCACCUCACCCAAGGCACCUGCAUCUGAGAAAAAGAGUCAGAAACCCAAGUCACCUUCUCCAAGCUCCAGAUCCACCUCAACUGCAGCACCUGUGCAGAAAUCUCCCAAACCCAAGACACCUUCACCUAAAGCAGAAGCACCUGGAAAGAUGACCCCAAAAGCUGAAGGACCACCUUCAGGGAAGUCCAAGAAAGCUGUUACUCCUCUUAGGGAGUCUGUCAGUUCCUCUCCUGCUCGUGAAACUCCAUUUGGGAAGUCAAAAGCCAGCAAGGAGGCCAAAACAUCUGGAAGAUUGUCCUUACCGGCCCAGCUCUGUAAAACAGCUUCCACUGCUGACAACAGACGUGCCUCACUUGCAGUGUCGAGCCUCGUUUCUCAAACAAACGGCAGCUCUGUUGUAACACCAGCAGUCACGUCGAGUAUUCAGGCUCAGACACCCACAGUUCAAGGCCGCUUCUCUGUGUCCCGUAUCAGCACCCCAUCACCCGUGACAGAAAGUAGCUCCACGGAUGGAGAGUCUUCUGCUCAGGCAACACCCAAAAUUCCCCUUAAAAGGAAGAGCAUGAAGAAAACUCCAAAGAGCGCGGCGAAGAUAAGACGGAGUGGUGUCUCCCAUGCUUCAAUGAAAGCAUUUUCCUUCGCCGACAUUGUCAAGUUUGGAAAGGCCAAAAUGCAAUUGGCUGCACUUGCUCAGAGAAGCCUCAACAAGAAGACUGUCAAGACUGCAAAGAAAACUGCGGCAAAACCGCAGACCCCUGCCAAAACACUGAUGGGCUAUGCAAGCACAGGGCAUGCAGCCUCACCUGCCACCAUUGUUGUUGGCAGAGCCCUGAAACAGAAGGUCGUCCUCCCGAUUGGCGCCCCACCAACAGUUGUGUUCAAUACUGCCAUCAUGAAGGACAGCAUGAAAGUGGCUGAAGAUCUGUCCGGCGUUUCAGAGAUGUUUAAAACGCCAAUGAACAACAAGAGCAGGCGAUCAGUGGUCGGCCAGCGCAGUGCCUCCAAGACACCAGUGGUGGAGCAGUCAGUCCUGAACACGCCAGAAGAGACAGGAGAGAUGGUUGUGUCUCCAUUAACAGCAGCAUCUGUGGCCAAAGGACGAGCAUACAACAGUGAGGCAGUCAAGCGCCUCCUAAAUGGACAGCAGGAUGACAGCAUCUCUGAAGACAUCCCUCCUCUGCAAAUAGACGCUGAAGAGUCUGGCGAACAAACAGAAAAGUGUCCAUCUUCAGUGACAACUCCUAAACAAAAACCUGCUGUGCAUGAGUGUCUGACUGGAGUCAAGAGGAUCAUGAAGACCCCAAAACAAAAACCAGAGCCCGUUGAAGACCUCCGAGGAAAAAUUCUAAAAACCCCCAAGCAGAAGCCAGAACAGCCAGACUGUCUCACUGCAGUGAAGAGGAUCAUGAAGACCCCAAAACAGAAGAGCGAACCUAUUGAGGACCUGCGUGGCAAGAUUCUAAAGACACCCAAGCAAAAACCUCCCCAACAAGAGUCUCUUACUGGACUCAAAAGGUUAAUGAAGACCCCAAAACGGAGCACGGAGCCAAUCGAGGACCUGCAUGGAAAGAUUCUGAAGACACCCAAACAAAAGCCUCUCCAACAGGAGUGUCUCACCGGAGUCAAGCGGCUCAUGAAAACCCCAAAACAGAAGGCAGAACCGGUGGAAGAUCUGAGAGGCAAGCUUCUGAUCACACCGAAGCAGAAAACUGAGCAGACAGAUUGUUUAACUGGUGUGAAGAGGAUCAUGAGAACGCCAAAAGAGAGAAGCGAACCUGUGGAAGAAUACUUUGGCAUCAAGAGACUGGUGACCUCGCCCAGACUCCCAGGGAAUCCGCCUGUGGAGGACUUUGAAGGGCUGCAGGAGCUGAUGGAGGAGCCGGUGACUGCAGUGCCAGCAGAAUCUGCUGAGGUUCAGGAUGAAAUGCAACCUGAGAGCGAGCCUCAAGCCAGUGUUGAAGAACCAGCUCACUCGGUGCCACAAGUAAUUGAGUCCAGUGUUCAGGCUGAAGCUUUGCCAUCAGAAAUCAGCCCAGAUGUUCCUGAACUGGUCACAGACAAUGCUCACACAGAUGUAGAUGGAGACCAAGUGGAAACCGUUGGUGAGCUUGACACCAAGGAAUCAAGCAAUUCUGUUUCGCAGUCUGCUGGUGAGAAAACGACCGAAGACAAACCUAAAGAUGAGGCAGCUCCGGUCACAGAAUUGGAAGUCGACACAUCUGCUGCGCUUCAAAAGAAAUCUACUCGUGGAAGGCGAGCAAAAGCUGUGGGACCCAAAGAAGUUGACGUUCCAGAAGAGCCGGUCGCGUCUGUGCCAGUCCGGGGAAGGCGAGGGAGGAGAGCUGAAAUAACGGCACCUUCUAGCCCAAAGAAGGUGACAAGAAGCAGGAAGGCCAAGUCCACUGACGCUGCACAAGUGGAUGUGAAAGUCACUAACACAACCGCAGCGCAAGAAGUUUCUGCUGAAACUCAGGAUGAUUGUGAGGCUGACGCAGCGGAGACUGAAAGUGCAGUACCCCUGAUGAGAUCAAGAUCCAAACGAGGCAGAAAGCUGGUGCCUGAACCUGAUGAGCUUGUUGCUCCUACUGAAGAUGCUACCAAGACUGAAGAAACAGAAGCCCCAGCAGUUAUCAUGGGCGAGCAGCUGGAAGACAAAAUGGAUGAAGGGUCUUCAGAGUCUGAGAAACCAGAAAAAGUGGAAUCUGAGACUAUCAACACCUCAGAACCAGAAGCUGCAGCUGUCCAGAAGAAGACGCUCCGAGGCCGAAGAGCCAAAGCUGAGUCUCAAGUAACAGAAGAGGCUGAUGAACCCAUUUCUGCCCCUGUCAGAGGCAGGAGAGGAAAGAAAGCUGAAGCAGUGAAGCAAGCAACAAGAGGCAGAAACGCCAAGAGUGUGGACGUGGACGCCGGUGCCACCGAGGAUCAGGUCGUGCAGAGGCCUAAACGAGGAGCUAAGAAGGUGUCUCCAGAAGUGGUCGAAGUUGACUCUGCAUCACCCGUGCCAGAAGAGUUGUCAGAAAUCUCAGAGGAGCCCGCAAAGGUGGUCAUCCAUGAAGAACAUAAGCUUGUCACAGAUGUUGCCGUUGAGGAGCCCAAGACCACUGUGGCUAAACCAAGUAGAGCCAAGAAGCCAAAGGCCGAGGCAACCCAGAUAGAAGCUCCAGUAGAGGAAAUGGUGGUUCCUGCAGAGAAGUCCCAGCCUCCAGUCAGAGCCAGAAGAGGAAGAACUGCCAAAAACACAGAGGAGAAUCUAGAAAAUGGAGCUACAGAACCUCAAGAGCCAGUUCAAAAGGUGAGAAAGAGCAGAAAGCAAGCACCUGUGGAGACACUCCCAGAAGAGGCUGAAGAACCAGUGAAGAUCAACGCUGAAGGUGAUAGUUUAACUGCCAAAUCCAAGCGAGCCUGCAAAACUAAGGGGAUUGCAACUGUUCCUGAAUCUGCAGAAACCCCUGACCUCACAGCGGUGCUCACCGUCUCUGACAAACCCAAGAACGGUAGAGGAGCAAAACCGAUGAUGGAUGUCAGUGAGGAAGUGCAUGAGGGAACCAGCGAGCCUGAAGAGAGGAAGCUGAGGGGCAGAAGAGUCAAAUCUGCUCUGAAAGAUGAAGAGCCGGAAAUUGUUCCAGCGAAAAGAGCCCGCAGAGGUGCCAAGGUGAUCGAGGAGGCCAGCGCAGCUGAGCCGAGUCAAGAGCCUGUGCCGGCUGUCAGGGGAAGACGCUGUCUCAGGAAACCUGAUAACACAAAUGUCCAGGAUUCGUGUGCCAUCAAGGAAGAGCCAGAAGUGUCCAUGAGGAGUGUUACAUGGAAAGAGGAGCUUGAAGUCCAUGAAAUUCCAAAAGCAACUCUGAAAAAGGCUGUCCGUGGCAGGAAGUCAAAACUUGAGCAAAACGACGCAGGAGAUGUCAAGACAGCUGAAGAGGAAAAGCUCUCAGAAGAACUAGUGGAACCUCAGCCAGUGAAGAGGAGCCGGAGAGGAGCCAAGGCUGUGGACGAGCCCACCAGCAAAGUCCUGGAUGCUGCCCAAGCUGACCCGCAGCCUAAAACUCGCAGAGGAAGAGCAGUCAAGAAAUAAACCAUUACCUUUUCUGUUCUGUUAAUCCAACUAUUUUUGUAAGCUUUUAAUCGCUUUUAGGGUUCUUUCUUUGUUUUUCAAUCUGAGGCACUGUGGAGCAUUCAAAUGGUUUUGUUUUACAAUUGGCAUUAUGCACCCAAAUGUUUUAGGCUUUGAUAAAAGUCAUAAUUAAACUUUUUAUGAGUAUCU